AUGGGUACCACCAUUCCAAUACCCCGGACAACAGCAUUCCAAUACCACCAUUCCGAUACCCAGGACAACAGCAUUCCGAUACCACCACUCCGAAACCCUGGACAACAGCAUUCCAAUACCCUGGGUACCACCAUUCCGAUAAUCCGGACAACAGCAUUCCGAUACCACCAUUCCGAUACCCAGGACAACAGCAUUCCGAUACCACCAUUCCAAUACCCAGGACAUCAGCAUUUCGAUACUGCCAUUCCGAUACCCCGGAAAACAGCAUUCCGAUACCGCCAUUCCAAUACUCAGGACAACAGCAUUCCGAUACCCAGGACAACAGGAUUCCGAUACCGCCAUUCCGAUACCCAGGACAACAGCAUUCUGAUACCACCAUUCCGAUACCCAGGACAACAGCAUUCCUAUACCACCAUUCCGAUACCCUGGACAACAGCAUUCCUAUACCACCAUUCCGAUACCCAGGACAACAGCAUUCUGAUACCACCUUUCUAA